GGCGGAGUGAUGAGGGACGAGUGGCAGUGGUCCCCACAGUGCCGACAACCGUCGCAACCCAUGCAUGGCGGGUUGUCCGCUCCCUCGCCCAUGUCCGUGACACAGUAUGCUGCCGAGCCCUCACCUUCGAUGGCAAAUGUGCAAGGAGAGGAUAUGGAUGAAGGGUGGCCUGUCCAUAGUGCAACUUCAUCGCCUGCCGGCUUGCAAGGUCCUUCCUUUGGUGGCGAGGAAGAUGACUUGGUUGGCGACGAUGAAGUUGAAGGUGAUGGCGGUGACAUUGAUGGGCAAAACUCUGACAAUGCGCAGGAGGAUAGGGACAGUGCUACUGCUGGCCAGAGAGAUGGAGGCGAGAAUGUGGUUGGGCCCCAAAGCAGCAAGCGUGCAAACAAGCGGGGGGGUGAAGAUGGUGCUGCGAAAAACAAGAAGCAAAACAUCCCCUGGACCUUAGAUGAGAGGAUCGCGCUGUCCAGAAUUAUGGUCAAGGAUGACGCCCUUAUGGGCAUGCUGGCGGCAGCGAAGUUGAUUCUGGACAAGUGUGAGAAUGCUUCGGGGAAACCUUCGUACUGGGACAUGACCCUUGAGGAGCGGAAGGCGGAGCAGGUGCCACUAGGCUUUGAGAAAGCUCUGUGGGAAGCGAUGGAGUGGAAACUCAAUCGGCCAUCCAUCAAGUGUGACAAGACGCUGAAGUCUGAGAACCUGUCAGGUAACGCGGGGGGGAAUUCAACGAGCGGCGGUCUAGCGCAGCCGUCGUCGGGGAGGAGUGCUUCCGACGGCAAAGCAACGUAGGAUUCGGACCAAGCAGCGAAGACCCGGAGGACGAACACCGGCAAAACCAGGAUA